CAGAAAUUGCGGAAAAUGAUGACUUAAUGCACGUCAAACCCAUUCCGCAUAAAAGCGCCUCCCUUUAAAGCCGUAGAAGUGGAAAAAAAAUGCACUGCACAGUGCGCGCGCUUGCUAUGGGUAGGGCUUCCAUGGGAGGCAGGCUCGGGUUCAGGGCCUGCCUCCAACCUGCCCGCCCUUGUAGAAUUUCAAUUUUAAUAUUUCGCGACGAUAGUAUUUAAAUUUAAAUUUGAUUUCUACAAACUUACUCACUUUUACAGCUUGUUACUAUAAAAUACCUGCGGACUAGUGUUCGUCAACAGUAUCGUACCAUCUGCUACCCUUUAACAUAUCCACAGCUGGACAGGUCUCCUGUCAUGUAAAAAAUCGAUCAUAUGCUACUGUGCGCAUAUGCGUCUAGUCCCAUUCAUUAUUACCUUUCUUUCCUGCCACGAUGACGACUUUUCCAAUUCUCAGGCUGCCUGAAAAGUCUCUCAAGAUUGCGAUUCGCUGUCUGACUAUGGAACAAAUAAUCAAGUUUUCUCUGAUCUCCGAAUCUACAAAAAGGACAGCAGAAUCGUUGAAUCUUCAGGCUGACCCGUUUUGGAUUUGCUUUGGUGAAUCGGUUCAUAUAUCGGUUCAUGCCAAUUUUGUAGAAAAUUAUCAACAGGAUAUUCCUUGGAACCCCGUGGAAGUUGAUCUGAGAACAUUGCUAGAUCAUUUCCAGAGUGUUCUCCAUACAAAUAAAUUUGAGUAUUUCUUUGUUUGACGUGAUGAUCACGAUUGGAAAUUAAUUUAUGAAGCUCUUGACGGCUUGGAUAUUCCUAAGACCAGUCUACAACGUGAUUCUCAAAAUGUUUGGCUCCACCAGCUUGCCAAUCAAUUUUCCAGGCUCUCCCUUGAGAUCACUAUGCCAAAUUUCAAAUGGUACCGCCCAAUGUUGAGUUCACACCGCCAGAAUUUGACCGUUGUCGCUGGUUUAACUGAUCUUCUAAGUGUAAACUGUGUACACUUAAAAGUGAUGCCCCUUAUGAGUACAAUGGAAGUGAAUUUAUUCCUAAAGCAUUGGAUCAAGGGAGCAUUCCAGCCACUUGAAUCUGUUGUAUUUCCUGUUGGAGCUGAUAUCGACAAUUUGGAUGAAGUGUUCAAGGGUGUGAAGCUGGAGGUGACAAGCGUAUCGGAUUUGGAAACACUGCCGAUGCGUUUUCCGGAUAUCAAGUUUGCUGUAGACAUCUACAGAUUUGUUGGAACACGGGCCACUGUCGUCAUUGAAGGCAUUCGUUUGAGUAUGUACGUUUGGAAAUAAUUUGUUCUUGAUCUUUUUUCUGAUAAGAUUCCUGUUAU